AAAACAAGCCUGGCGCAUUGUACCGUGACAGUCGGCAGAACCUUCGCGGGAGGAACACAUGCCCUACCUGUCGCCGCGAGCAUGACGUUUUGACGCGCACCCGCGGUCUAAUGUUCCUUCCGAUCAAAAACAUAGGCCAGAAAUAAAAAAAACAAACCAAGUGUUCGCAUUUCGGGAAAAAGUGGUUCGCGCGCUUUUGACAUUUCUUUUUUUUAAAACAACAAACUGUUGCAGUGAAAAUGGGUCUCAAGCCCGACGAUGACAAACGGCCAAGCAAACUGGCCAUCAUGGAUGAGGAUGUGUCGGACAUACCACGUGGGCUGGGCAGGCGGCACUUCGUGACGUUCAUGCUGUUCCUUGGCAUGGCCAAUGCCUACAUCAUGCGCACAAAUAUGUCCGUGGCCAUCGUGGCUAUGGUCAACCACACGGCGCUGCCCGUGGCGCAUGAGGCCAUAGACACAGAGUGCGGGGACGUCGGGAAUAAAACCAGUGAUGCAGCUUCACAAGAUGGAUCCUACGUGUGGACGUCCACGUUACAAGGCUACAUCCUGUCCUCAUUCUUCUAUGGAUACGUGAUAACGCAAAUUCCCUUUGGGAUAUUGUCCAAGAGGUAUGGAGCCAGGCUGUUCCUUGGAAUCGGAAUGUUAGUCAAUUCGGUCUUCGGUCUCCUGGUACCAGUAGCGGCUGAGGCUGGCUUCGGGUGGCUAAUAUUAGUGCGAUUCAUCCAGGGUCUAGGAGAGGGACCAAUCGUACCCUGCUCUCACGCUAUGUUGGCCAAAUGGAUUCCGCCCAACGAGAGGAGUAGAAUGGGUGCAGCUGUCUAUGCCGGUGCCCAAUUCGGUACGGUGAUUUCGAUGCCUCUAUCGGGGCUGCUCUCUGCCUACGGUUUCUCUGGAGGUUGGCCCUCUAUCUUCUACGUGUUCGGCCUCAUCGGCACCGUGUGGUGCCUCGCGUUCCUUUUCCUCGUAUCCGAGGAUCCGGAGCAGUGCAAGAGCAUCAAGGAGGCCGAGAGGAAGUACAUCGUCAGCUCACUAUGGGGCGCUGCUGGUUCUAGCUCGCCACCCAUUCCAUGGAGCAAGAUUCUCCGCUCGAUGCCUUUCUGGGCUAUCAUGUUGGCGCAUAUGGGCCAGAACUACGGUUACGAGACCCUCAUGACGGAACUGCCCACCUUCAUGCGUCAGGUGUUACACUUCUCCAUCAAAGAUAACGGUUUCGUGUCAGCGCUGCCCUACCUGUGCAUGUGGCUGUUCUCGAUGUUCAUCUCAGUGGUGGCCGACUGGAUGCUGUCCAGCGGCCGGCUCAACCACACGCAAGUCAGGAAGGUCAUCAACAGCAUCGGUGAAUACGGCCCCGCGAUCGGGCUGUUCAUCGCGGCGAACACGGGCUGCAACCCCGCGGCUACCGUGGCCAUCCUCGCCAUCGGCGUCGGGCUCAACGGUGGUAUCUACUCCGGUUUCAAGGUGAACCACUUGGACAUCUCGCCGCGUUUCGCCGGGAUCCUGAUGGCGUUCACCAACUGCCUGGCCAACCUUACGGGGCUGUUAGCGCCUAUCGUCGCCGGGUACAUCAUCGAGGGACGGCCAACGCAAGCCCAAUGGAGGAUAGUGUUUUACAUCGCCGCCGGUGUCUACAUAUUCUGCGCGACGUUCUACAACCUGUUCGCCUCGGGCCAGAGACAAGAAUGGGACAACCCGGCCGACGACGAAGCGAACGCGAAGAAGGCCGCCGACAAGAAAGCGAUCAGGAACGAGAAGAAAUCCGCCAAGAAUCAAAACCAAGCGGAGACCGCCCAAUAGCAGGCCUUAAAAAGUUGCAAACGCACCACACAGAUACAAAAUGUGUAAUCGAUUAGAUAAAUCGUGAUAAUAAUUGUGUCUAUGGUAAUGUUGGACCCCAUAUUAGUUCGAUCGUAGGUAAGACUGCAAUUUUAAUUCUUUGAUUCCUUUUAGAGCUAUCUUUUAGCAAAAUUAGUAUUUUUCUUAAAUUGUAAAACAAUAAACGUAACUUUCAUUAAGUAUUCUUCUGUAAUUUACUGUGUAAUUGUUUCUGGAAAUCCUAUUUAUGAUCGAUAUUGUAUCCCCAAUAUAGGAGGGGUGAUGUACGGGUGUAAUUUAGGCUAGUGAUCGCAAUUGACAGUCUUUUGCCUAUUCACUAAAAUAUGAGAAACGCACAUCAAGAGGGCUGUGAUAAAAUCCCGUGUUUGUAUCAGAAACACGCAACUUUUGUGGGGUCAACUUUUUGACGACUUGUUACCUAAAUUAAUUUAUUAAUUAGUUGUUUAAUUACCAUACAAGUAUUGUUUUAAUUAGUUUUAAUGCUUGAGAGCGUGAGACGCGUAAAAGUUUUAUGUAUUUAUAAAAUCGGGUCCAAAUGUAAAACUAAUAUUACCGUCCUACCACACCAGUGAGACCUUAAAAAUUUUGUACAUCGCACCUAAGUUUCAGUUUUUAAACAGUGCCAUUUUCAGCAUUUUAUAAAAUAGUCGACCGAUUGCAGUAACUCGAAUAUAGUUCAAAUAUUUUUAAAUUCAAUAAAAAUAUCAAAUUAAAGCUUAAGGCUUUUUUCAAACCAGCCAGCAUAAAUCGGUAAUAUGAAUGAUACGAAAAUAAUCAACAGGUUUUUUUUCGAAGUGAAAUAGAAAAUGAUUAAAUAAUAGCAGUCCUCGAUAUUAUAAUAAAAGAAAUCACUAAACGAUAUCAUAGACUAAGGGAGUAUUGUAAUAAGAGGUAUUCAUAAAAACAAAUGAAAUGUAAAACGAGACUCGAUGCUCAGUGUGUGCCUAAGUAUGCGUCAUGCAUUUUCGUUAGAUACAAGAUUUUAAGUACCUAGGUACGCAAAUGCUAAAAUUGAUCGAUGUGAUAGUUUUAAUUUUAAUCAAUGCCCGUUAGUCUAUGCCAGAGUUAGUGCCAAACAUGUGUUGUGAAAUGUUUCAAAACCAUUAAUUAUUCGCUUGAAGCGGAUGUUGUUGCAUUAGGAUAAUGUCGUUUUAAGUAUGUUUUAGAUUACCGCAUUAUUUAUGAAGUUAGUUUUAAUAUGUGACGUCACCAGACGCCGCACGCCCCAGAGCUAAUGUGAUCAUUCUGUCUAAGCUAUGAUACGCCAUAGACAAACUAUACGUCCUAUAAUUUGUCUAUGGUUUAUUUAAUGAGUAGUAUUGAGCUUAUUUUAUUUAAGAUUGUUGAUAAUUUUUGCAAUUUGUAAACUGUAUUAUCAGUGACAACGUAUUAUGUGCCUUGAGUAGGAGUACAACCCAAAUGUGCGUCGGACGCAUAGACAGCAAAGAUGUAAAUAUUUCCUACUUAUCAAAUGGCGAUUUGUAUCCUCGUGAAAUAUUAGAGAAAUACAAAAAUGUGUUUUUAAAUAUA